CAAAGCUCUGGGGAUCAAAAGGGAACAAAAGAAGAGUGCUGACAGGGCCAGAGACCAUGGACUAUAGGACUAUAAAGGGCAGGGCCACAGAGGAAGUGGCACCAGAUGGAGACCCAGACUGUGCAGCGGGAACUGGAAACUCUUCCAACCACCAAGAUGGCUCAAACCAACCCUAUGCAAGGGUCCCUGGGGCCAUGGAAGAUAACCAUCUAUGACCAAGAGAACUUUCAGGGCAAAAGAAUGGAGUUUACCAGUUCGUGCCCAAAUGUCUUUGAGCGUAGUUUUGAUAAUGUCCGUUCUCUCAAGGUGGAAUGUGGCGCCUGGAUUGGUUACGAACACACCAGCUUCUGUGGCCAACAGUUUAUUCUGGAGAGAGGAGAAUACCCUCGUUGGGAUGCCUGGAGCGGGAGUAAUGCCUACCACAUUGAGCGCCUCAUGUCCUUCCGCCCCAUCUGUUCUGCCAAUCACAAGGAGUCUAAGAUUACCAUCUUUGAGAAAGAAAAUUUUAUUGGACGCCAGUGGGAGAUCUGUGAUGACUACCCCUCCUUGCAAGCCAUGGGUUGGUUCAACAAUGAAGUUGGUUCCAUGAAGAUACAAUGUGGAGCUUGGGUUUGCUACCAGUAUCCUGGAUACCGUGGAUAUCAGUUCAUAUUGGAAUGUGACCAUCAUGGAGGAGACUAUAAGCACUGGAGAGAGUGGGGUUCUCAUGCGCAGACUUCCCAGAUUCAGUCUAUUCGCCGUAUCCAACAAUAGUGGAUGAAAAAUUCCAGAGAAUUCCUCAUACAUGAGACCUAGCUAAGCAAUCUAGAAUGAGUAUUAUGUUCUGCUCAGACAUUGCUUUCAAAUGUUAGCUGCUGAAAACCAUAAUAAAUGUCAUUUUAAAAAGAAAA